CAGUCUAUGCAAGAUAUGCAGAUAAUGGGAGGAGAUGAUCUUUCAAAGCUGACUGGGAAGAAUGUUCUGAUCGUGGAGGAUAUUGUUGGAACUGGAAGGACUAUGAAGGUUCUGCUUAAUAAUAUAGAAAAAUACCAGCCAAAAAUGAUUAAAGUGGCAAGUUUGUUGGUGAAAAGAACAUCUCGGCCUGAUGGGUACAGACCUGAUUAUUAUGGAUUUGAAAUUCCAGAUUUAUUUGUGGUAGGUUAUGCCUUAGACUACAACGAGCACUUCAGAGAUCUAAACCACAUAUGUGUUAUCAAUGAUCAUGGCAAAGCAAAGUACAGAGUCUGAAGCAGUAACAUCCUCAUCUGAAGAUCUGUAAGCUCUGAAGCAGAAAUUUGACUACAGUCCCUCAAGCAUCUCCCAGAAGAGCGAUGCAGCUGACUUGUGUUUCAUUCAACUCAAUAUAGUAAAGGGUUUACUCUAGAGAUACUGAUAAAAAUUUACAGAAAUGAGAGCUCUUAUUUAAAAUGUUAAGCAGAGGGCUUUUAACGUUAUUACCUUUUUAAGUAUUAAAAUUACCACAUAAGAUGCCUUUUGACUAAUUCAUCUGCCUCAAGUCUCACUGUGGAUGCAUCUUUCCUUCGCUCAGCCCAUCAUUCCACCCAU